AUGAAACCUACUGAUGUAACUGGUGUUUUAAAGAGUUUACAGUACUAUGACCCAAACUUAGACCUUGUCAUACAGUGUGACGCUUCACAAAAUGGGCUAGGUUCAGUAUUGUUACAGUGUGGUAAACCAAUUGCUUUUGCUAGCCGUGCUUUAUCAGAAACCGAAAAAAGGUACGCACAAAUUGAAAAGGAAACACUUGCUAUUGUUUUUAGUCUUAGAAAGUUUCAUGAGUAUGUCUAUGGUCGUAAAAUAAUUGUUGAGAGUGAUCACAAACCUAUUGCUAGUAUUGUUUUGAAACCCUUGUGUAAUGCUCCCAAGCGACUGCAAGGAAUGUUGCUUAACAUUCUACAGUACGAUGUUGAAAUCAUACAUAAAAAAGGUUGGCCAGAAGGAAAUGAUGAGAUACCUAAUGUAGUCAGAGCCUAUAGUCAUACUAAGGAUGAGUACUCAGUUCAAGACGGGUUAAUUUUUAAGAGUAAUAGAAUAGUCAUUCCAUUAAACCUCAGACAUAAGAUAAUGCAGGUCAUUCAUUUGGCUCAUAUAGGAAUUGAGGGCUGUCUACGGAGAGCCAGAGAAUAUCGGCCAUGGCAAAAGGUUGGAGUUGAUCUAAUGAGUAUUGAAAAGCAUAAUUAUCUUAUAACUGUUGAUUACUUCAGCAAUUUUGGGGAAAUUGACUACCUAGAAAAACACAUUAGCCAGUAUGGAUUGCCCUGUGUAUUGAUUAGUGAUAAUGGACCCCAAUUUGUAAAUGAGAAUUUCAAACAGUUUGCAACUGAUUAUGAUUUCGAGCAUAGGACAAGUAGCCCUACACAUGAAAGUAAUAAAGAUCCCUAUCUAGCCAUUUUGGACCAUAGGAAUACUCCUACUAGUGAUAAAGAUGCCAGCCCAUCACAGUAUAACCUAGGUAGGAGAACACGUACCAAAUUACCAAUGUUAUCCAAGUUACUUGAAAAUCAAAAUGUAAAUUUAGAGUUGGCUAAGGCCUGGAAAAAAGGAAAAGUUGUGGAACGAUUAGAUGAAAGGUCUUAUCUAAUUGAAAGUGAAGGCAAGCUAUUUAGAAGGAAUAGAGUUCAGUUGAAAGAAACCCCAAGUGAUGUGCAUAUGCCCAAGGUAAAUGAACCAGUAACUAUUGGUAAUGAAAUUGAAACUCCUGUCAAAGUGGAAAAUAAAGUUGAAAGUGACAGACAAACAAGGUCAACCAGAAAUAAAUUACCUUCUAAGUAUUCUGAUUAUGAAAUGUAUUGA